GGCUGGUACGAUCGUCUCCCCUGCUGACGCAACUCAUUUCUAAAGAGAGCAUUGCACCUCCGAAUUUGCAUCGUGCAACAGGACAACUACACUACUGACUGAAAUUCGUUGACUGCAGAAGUUGGCAGAGGACAACUACAGGAUAGAAAACGUGUACCCAGGGCCAUGCAGAGUGAGAGGCAUAUGGUUGGUCCUGAGAAUGUACGUGUAAAGGUGGUGACACAUGGUUGACUCCAGAGCUGUAUUAUACCAGAGGACAAAGUGUGAGUGGAAAAGUACAUAUUGUUAGAAGAUGGAGCACCCCAUAGAGGAGACAGGUGCAUAUCGAUUGCUGAGUUGUUUGUACAACGUGAAAACUAUCGAGCAAUACUUGGUUUCCAUUGAUCCAACACUGACAAAAGAAUACCUUCAGAGUGAGGUGUCUAAUCAUGAGUAUCUGGAGAUGAUCAAACAUGGUCUUGUUGGAAGUGUAACUAACUUGGAAUGCCAAGUGCAAGAUAAAUCUGUUCGGUUUACUUUAGCAGAGGUUGCAGCCCAAGUUGUCGAGGAAUAUCUAUCAACGAAUAACCCAGAAAAAGAUUCUAGGCCUACAGUCAUUACUGGGCUACGUCAUUGUAGCGAUAGAGAGAGCUUCACAUACGAAUUCUCUCUGCAAAGUCUAUUGCCUUUUGUUGAGUAUGUGUCAUCAAUGCAAACAACAUUUCUUGUGCUCAUCACCAGCAGAAGCAUGCAGAUUCUGCAUGAAAAAAUUGGGGACGACCUCACAAUGAAGUUACUAAAGCAGCCUGUUCUUCCUGCCAAGGUAUACAGAAGAGCUAAACAGGCAAACUGCAUCUGCAUUCCUGAGAAUUGCAUAAAAUUAAACAUGAAAAUGCUUACUGGAACUGGAUACGCUAUCAUGCUCGACACGUAG